UUAGAUGUCUUUGACCCCCCCCCGCUCCUCUGCCCCCCCCGCUUCCCCCCCAGUCUUAAGUAGGUCAGUCGGUUCCACAGAACACUGUUCGUUACCAAACAUUAGAACAAAAGCUAGUGCUAGCACAGCUACAAUAUUUGAAAAACAAAACAAAACAGCACCUCCUGGUGGUAAUCCUCUCCUGUUAAAGGGUAAAGCUACACCCCCGCCGCCCCCUCCCCGACUUUUCCCAAUUUGCAUUCCUUUUUCUGGUUCUGUGCUGUCGGGGUGUUGGAUGAUGGCCACCAGGGGUCUCCACAGUGCCGGUUUCAUUUUAACUUUGUUUCUUACACUGAACUCAAACACAUUGACAGGAAAUAAAAAAAAAAAAUUAAAAAAAAAGUCCGAGUUCCUUAAAACACAUGGAGGGACGAGAUGUUUUUGUUUUAUUUUUAAGAGUCAAAACAGAAGAAACAACCAAACGUGGUGUUAAGUGAAUUUUUAAUAAUGUACAGUUUUGGUGACUUUAAAUUUGUUCCUUUAUAUUUUUAGGACCAAUUCAUCAUUUUUAAGAGGAUGUAUUUCACGACUCGUAUCAAGGUGAUGUAACACGUGUGCAUCUGUAGAAUGUACUGAGAGUUCAAUAAAAACCACACCUAGUAGAGAGAAACUGGUUCUGGGUUCUUCUGCUCUUUGGUCCUGAACUUGUCUCGUCUCGUCCUGAAUAUUUGUCUGCUGUGGCACCAACUAUUGAGUUAGAUGAACAGAAAGUGAGCAGAGCUUUAAUAAACAACUCAUCGACAGAAGAGUGACAUGUUGAGGUGUAAGCUCCUCAUCUGUCCACUAGGGGCUUCACAGCUGAGGUUCGUCUUCAGUGUUUUGAUCUGGAGUCAGUCUGACUGAAGUACCGACGUCCGCGGUGAUGCAGCCUUGAUUUAACGUGACGUCACAAACACCGGUGAGUCAGAGUUUUUUUUAAAAUUUUUUUAUGAAUGUCGUCUCAGUAUUUCUUGACUGUAACACGUGUCUGUUGACCUGCAGAGUCCGCUGUCAAACGGAGGAGAAGCUCAAGUGUCGGAGAGGACGUCACGACCUCCGCUCCCUGGAGAGGCCUGUCGGCGGCACAUGCUGCUGAGGCUGCCAUCACCCCCAGCUGCCGUCGCCCCCACCUGGAGCAGACUGGAGGGCGGAAUUCAACCAUCAGCGUACAGUAGGUGGAGGAAAUAAAAACACCUGAACGUUAUAGAUCUGAACAGAAACGCUGUCCCCUCCUCUGACCUUUGACCCGCCUUCAAAUCCCUGAGUUUGCACUUUGUGUGUGUGCGCGUUGUGAAAGCGUCGUCGUCAGCACUCUGGUGGAGGGGACGGGAAACUGACCGCAACGGUGGAGCGCGGUUUGGCCCCCGUCUGCAGUGUCGGAGCUUAACUUCACAAAAGGUCUGAGAUCAGUCGAUGGUGAAAAUGAACGUGUGCACAGAUGCUGCGCCAUGGCAACAGCCUGAUCAAAGAGUUGGUCCCCAUGGCGACCAGAGCGGUCCUUCAGUGGUAGUUUGCGGAGGUUGGGGGCAAAUUAGACUCCAGCUCUUUGAUCACAUCGUUUUCUCUGGUUGUUGUUCGUGGUCUGGGGUUUUUUUGUUUUGUAUUUUCUUUCUAAAGUUAUUUAAAAACAGUACAGUUCUGUUCAACAGUUUUAAGUGAGUGAAUUCAUCCAGACCACAACUCCUUUUUUGGAGGUUUUGAAGUAAAUUUAUGGAAGUUAAUUUUCAGCAACAUCAAAGAUGUUUUUUUUUUGUUUUUUUUUAAAACCCUGUCGUUCGCAGCUUCACACCUCGGCUGCUGUGACCUGAUGUUUUCAGGUCACAGGGAGAGUUGGCUCCGCCCCCUACUGGGCUGAAAACCACAGUUGAAUUCAUACUUCAAAAUCCAAGCUAAUUGGUCAAAUUUUCCCCUGUUAUUCUCAUAAUGUCCUGUGAUCUGAUUGGUCAAAAGUGUUAAUAUAAAACCGACUUCAUGAACCAUUAACCUGAAUUAAUCAUUUAUAUUUUUAAUUGUUUUUUGAUAACAUAAUUUUAAUAUUUAAUUCUACACUCAGUGACUUCUGUUUAUUGACUCACAUUAUUUUCUGUCAAAGAAAAACAUUGAUUACGACCAAGUGUCAAAUUUCUUAUAUAUAACAACUGUUUUUUAAGAGGUGAAGAAAUUUUUUCAAAUUAUAAAAUAAAAAAGUGUCUUUUUAUCAGAAGAAUGGACCAAUGCUAACAGACAAAUGCUAAUAAACUAAAAUGUUUAUCACCUUUCCUUACGUUUCAGUUUGAUAGAGAGUCAAAGGAAGUGAAAUCAGUCUGAUAAGGAGCGGGUGAGAGCAGAGAGACGACUGAAGGAGGGACAGAGGGGGGGGAGGGAGGAGGGAGGGGGGAGGUUGCAUUCAUCAAACCAUCUCUCAGAUUCUACAGGUCAAUGAGGGACACAGCCGAGAGUCCUCAGACCCUCAGACCCUGACGUGAACGACAGACGGACGGAGGAACAGAUCAGAGAAACGAGAGUCUGUUACAGUCGGAGAUGACGUGGCGUGAGUUGCGGAGUCGGCAGUUCUGGCAGGCCAUGCUGGCAGAGCUGCUGGGCACCCUGGUGUUAGUGAGCACCGUGCUGGGCUCCUCGCUGCCCGGGCCUGGAGGGGGCCCCGUGGGACCCCUGUACCCGGCCGUGGCCGUGGGCGCGGUCAUCGUUGCACUGGGACACUGUUUUGGAGAAAUCAGCGGAGCUCAGGUGAACCCGGCCGUCACGCUCUCUCUGCUCGUGGCUCGCAGACAGGACGUUCCCAAGGCGCUCCUCUUCGUUGGCGUUCAGUGUUUGGGGGCCUCUCUGGCGACGGGGGUCCUGUACCUGGCCCUGCCCCUGAAGACCACCGCGGACCUGUUUGUCACCAGGGUGCCCGAGGACCUGAACGCGGCCCAGGCCCUGGCCACGGAGAUCCUGUGCACCUUCCAGAUGGUCUUCACCAUCUUCUCCGUGGAGGAGCAGCGGCGCAAGGACAGCACGGAGCCCGGGAACAUAGCGAUCGGACUGGCACACACGGCUGGAGUCUUGUUAGGGGCGCGGUUCUCUGGUGCCUGCAUGAACCCGGCACGUUCCCUGGGUCCUGCCAUCAUCAUGGGCUUCUGGGAGAACCACUGGGUGAGAGAGAGAACGCCGUCACCCACUCCUGAUUGGACUCCACACGUCACACUGUGUCUCACCCUCUCUCUCUCUCUCUCUCUCUCUCUCUCUCUCUCUGAUUGGCCGUCCUGCAGGUCUACUGGAUCGGACCGGUGCUGGGCGGCGUUCUGGCCGCGGUGUGCCACGAGUUCUUGUUUGCGCGCAGCGCGUCCCGUCAGAAGCUGGUGGCGUGUCUGACCUGUAAAGACAUCGGGAUCGUGGAGACGGCCAGUAUCACGGGGUCGUCCCUGUCCACCGUCACACAGAACGCCACCAGAGGCAAACAGACGAACAGGACGGACAACAACUGAGAACAGGUGGACACACACACACACACACACACACACCCCCGACACCCCCCCGCCCUCACCUGUUACCUGCUGGGACAGUAGACCACAGAGGUAGAAUAAUAAUGAAGAAAUAUUUUAAAAAUUGUAAAUUAAAAAAAAAUUAUUAAAAAUAAUUGCCGGUCUUUGGGGGCGUCACCAGAUUACACACAUUUCAACUUUAAAACUACAAUUUUUUUGAUCUGUUUAUAAACCGAUCAGAUCGAGUUUUAUUCUGUUUUGUUUCUGCCUUUGUUCAACCCCUCGUGGACAGAGAGCCGUAUCUGAAGUGGCUCCUUUAAAGUCCCAGCGGCCUGUCAUCAGCAGCCGUGGAAAUCCGAAGGCGCACUUUUGUUUCUUUGAAAUCUGCACGUCAUUACAAAAGAUAAUAGAGACUCAUUGAAAAACACGCUCCCGUUCUCCUGUGUCCACCGCCUCAUUCAUUUGAAAUGCUAAACGAGCGUCCGUCCGUCCGUCCGUCCGUCCGUCCGUCCUCCUCCACCGCAGGUUCGUGGAUGUCAUCAUUAGUCCGACUUCCCUCUCAGUUCUCAGCCCGUCAGCGUCCGACUCCUCUCUGAACGACUCCCAUUCACACAUUAAUUGAGCUGCGUGCAGCUGUGACGGCUUCAAUGACACACCGUCCUCAGUGGGAAUGAGCUUUGUCCUCCUGAGUGGACGUGAAGUGUGGCGUGGACGACGCUCCACUUUAAUGAAACCUAUUGUCAGACUUGUUAUUUAUGUGAUUUUAUUGUUAAAAUAUCCUUCAACCUUACCUUAAAAAAACAAAAAACAUGGUUGAAACAGACAGUUUUUAGCCGUUGUAAAUGACAAAAUGUGUUUGUUUUGUGUUUUGUUCUGUGUUCCGUUUGUGCGGUACAUUUUAUAAUUGCUGUACAUGCAUCUUGUACAAAUAAAACAAAAUACAUUUGUGUUUUGUGACCACCUCACACAGACUAAUUGUGUUUCCUUGUGUUCUCUCCUAACUCUAAGUCUAUUAAACACAC